UGAGUGGGGUAGGCUGCGCCCGAGGCCCAGAAGGGGUAGCAGGCCAUGGCGGCGGCUGCUGCGGCUGUGGCGGGUUGGUUGGGCUGGGUGCUUGCUGCGUUCUGUCUGGGCAGCACCGCAGGGGAGGCGGCGCCGGGCGCGGGACUGCUGAGCUUCUGCACGGAGGAGGACGGUGCUCCGGGCGCGGGCUCCCUACGCGGAAGGGCAGCGCCGGAGGCCACUUUGUGCUUGCGACUCUUCUGCCCAGGCUUGGCCAACAGUUCCUGGACCUGGGUAGCCCCGGAGGGCGCAGGCUGCCCCGAGGGCGGGCGGGCCACGGAGCCCUCGGAGGCGGCCGCCCCCACGGGCGAGUGGCGCGCGCUGCUGCGCCUGCGCGCCGAGGCCGGCCACCCGCGCUCCGCGCUGCUGGCAGUGCGCGUGGAGCCGGGCGGCGGGGCAGCUGAGGAGGCGGCGGCGCCCUGGGCGCUGGGGCUGGGGGCGGCCGGGCUGCUGGCUCUGGCGGCUGUGGCUCGCGGCCUGCAGCUGAGCGCGCUGGCGCUGGCGCCGGCCGAGGUGCAGGUGCUGCGCGAGAGCGGCUCGGAGGCGGAGCGCGCGGCUGCGCGGCGCCUGGAACCCGCACGGCGCUGGGCCGGCUGCGCCCUGGGCGCGCUGCUGCUUCUGGCCAGCCUGGCACAGGCGGCACUGGCGGUGCUGCUGUACGGGGCGGUGGGCCAGCGCGCCGUUCCCGCCGUGCUGGGCUGCGCGGGGCUGGUGUUCCUGGUAGGUGAGGUGCUGCCGGCCGCCGUGAGCGGACGCUGGGCUCUGGCGCUGGCGCCGCGCGCGCUGGGCCUCAGCCGCCUGGCGGUGCUACUCACCUUGCCGGUGGCGCUGCCCGUCGGGCAGCUGCUGGAGCUGGCAGCGCGGCCCGGGCGUCUGCGGGAGCGCGUGCUAGAGCUGGCGCGCGGCGGUGGCGACCCCUACAGCGACCUCAGCAAGGGAGUGCUGCGCUACCGGACCGUGGAGGACGUGCUCACGCCGCUCGAAGACUGCUUUAUGCUGGACUCCGGCACUGUCCUGGACUUCAGCGUCCUCGCAAGCAUCAUGCAGAGCGGCCACACGCGCAUCCCAGUGUUUGAGGAGGAGCGCUCCAACAUCGUGGACAUGCUGUACCUCAAAGACCUGGCCUUCGUGGACCCCGAGGACUGCACGCCGCUCAGCACCAUCACCCGAUUCUACAACCAUCCACUCCACUUUGUCUUCAACGACACCAAACUGGACGCCGUCCUGGAGGAGUUCAAGAGAGGCAAGUCCCACCUGGCCAUCGUUCAGAAGGUGAACAAUGAGGGCGAGGGCGAUCCCUUCUAUGAGGUGCUGGGCCUGGUCACCCUGGAGGACGUCAUCGAGGAGAUCAUCAGGUCUGAGAUCCUGGAUGAGUCUGAAGACUACUACACAAAGGUGAAGAAGAAGGCCGUCACCCUGGGCGCCCCUCUCAAGCGGAAGGAGGAAUUCUCCUUAUUCAAGGUGUCUGAUGAUGAAUAUAAAGUAAAAAUCUCGCCUCAGCUGCUCCUGGCCACCCAGCGCUUCCUUUCCCGAGAGGUGGAUGUGUUCAGCCCAUUGCGAAUCUCUGAGAAAGUCUUGCUGCACCUGCUGAAGCAUCCCAGUGUCAACCAGGAGGUGAAGUUUGACGAGAGCAACCGCUUGGCCACACACCAUUAUUUGUACCAGCGCAGCCAGCCAGUAGAUUACUUCAUUCUCAUCCUGCAGGGCAGGGUCGAGGUGGAAAUCGGGAAAGAGGGCCUGAAGUUCGAGAACGGGGCCUUCACAUACUAUGGCGUGUCCGCCCUGACAGCUCCAUCUUCAGCUCAUCAGUCCCCAGUGUCUUCACGCCAGCUCAUCCGCCAUGACUUGCAGCCUGAACCAGCGGACAGUACCCGCUCCUGCACGUACUGUCCUGACUACACUGUGAGGGCCCUUUCUGACCUGCAGCUCAUUAAGGUCACACGGCUGCAGUACCUUAAUGCACUCCUGGCUACCCGAGCCCAGAGCUUACCUCCAUCUCCAGAGAACGCUGAGCUCCAGGCCAUCCCGGGCAGCCAGACCAGGCUCCUUGGUGACAAAUCCAGAGAGACAGCAGGGCCCAGCAGCAGCAGACGCAGCAUCCCAGUGGAGGAGAGCCCUGGGCGGAACCCAGGAGUGUAACUGCUUGCCACUCAGCCCCGAGCUGGGAAUGGACAAGCUCGUGGGGAGCUGGGACAGCCAAGCAGGAGCUUCAUACCAGCCCAUCCCCACCUAUCCUGGCCACGUUUUAGAUGGCCCUUAGAAGCUGUGGGUCCUGGGCCUCCUCAGUGCCAGAGCCUCCAGCCCCUCUGUUGUCCUUGAGGAGAUGGGAUUAACAGAGCAACCCUCCAGAAGCCUGUUUCUGAGGGGACAAAAGAAACAGCAUCAUCUCUAGUCCCGAAGACCCAGUGCUGUAACAGCACAGUGUGUGUGUCUCCCUGAGCCCAGUGCCUUCACAUGGCCUGGGCCUGUGCUCAUUUUGCUUUUGAUUAGCCUGUCACUGGCACUACUCUGAGCAAACCAGGAGUGCUGGCUUUAGAUGAAAGUGUUCAAAUCCAUGGCCCUGCCAUGUACUUUUUGGCUUCUCUUACAAUGCUGUAUUUUGAUUCAUGAACCCCAGUUUUUUCUGUGUGCCAAAUCUAAGAGCAGAGCUCCCCAAUAAGUUGGUGCCCCGGUUCUGCUCCCUCCUGUGGAGGAAGCUCCUCUGACUCAUAAGCAGGCUGGCCCAGGGUCAGCUUGCAUUUCCUCCCCACUUGGGGAAGCCAUAACGGUAUUGUCGGUUUCUGUUUGAGGUCGUGUGGAAGGCUAAAGGCGGAUGCUGACCGCCUGUUGUACCUGUCUUGUGCUUUUGCCCUGAGCAUCCAGGAAGAUGUACAGCUGUAAUGUCGGGAGCAUCAGUCAGUUAGGGUCGGUUGUGAGCCUGCUACGUCCUCGUCGCUUGCUAAGAAGUCAAGGUUUUCUUGUAUCUCAGAAAUAUUCAAAUCCUUUGCACUUUUCUGUUUCCAGUGAUGUUUUAGAGACACAGGAAUGGGAAGACAUUGUCUUUUUAUUUUAGUUUACCUGUACUUUCUUUCCACAGUUUCGGCUCUGGGACCAUAGAUUGGGGUGGGAAGGAAGGAUUUCUGGAACCUUCCUUAAAAGAAUGCAGGCCCUUGUGAGACUCGGAGGCCCGAGAAAAAUAAAUUCUAAUGGAAUAUGCUCUAAGAACAAACCCAGGUCAGACACAAAUAAAAUUUUCCUGUCUCCAAAACAGAAUUCUAAAUUUUGGCUGAACCUCAGAAUCAAAUUAGAACCUUGGUUACCUGUGCUCACCUUGAACCGGCAGAGCUGUGGUCUUGAAGUAGUUUUAACUUCCUCCUAGAAGAGUUCCCUAUGCCUUUUGCCAGCUUCUCCUGAUGUUAACAUGUUAAUUAACCUUGUUACAUAUAUCAAAACUAAAGUGUUAACACUGGAGUACUCUUAACUGUGGCCUUCAUUUAGAUUUUACUUUUUCUUUGAUUUCUGGUAACUGGGUUCCAGGGUAGGAUGCCAGGAUGCACUUGGAGCCAUUGUUUCUUUUGCUCUGACUUUGUCUUCUACAGUAAUUGCAGAUUCAUAGGAUAUGGCAAAGACACAGAGCCCACGCACCUUCAUCUGGCUUCCCCCAGUGUUCCCAUCUCAUAAACUAUGUAGUGGGCAGAACUAUGGAGUUCUGCAUCCCCGCCACCUCUGUGUAGACCUGAGUUCUGCUACCUUGGAAGACUAACCCACUGUCCUGGCACUACCAGGGUACCCCCUGGACCGCCCUCAGAGCCACCUGCCCUGGCCCUAAGCCCCGGGACCACUAGACUUUCCUCAGCUCUGUCACUUUGUCACUUCAAGAAUGUCAUAAGGGGCCGAGCGGUGUGCAUCCUUUGGGAUUGACUCCUCCAUUCAUCGUAGUGCUCUGGAGACUGUUCCAGGUCAGUGUGUCAUGGCGUGUUCCUCCCCCUUGCCAAAUGGUGUCCCAUGGUGUAUUCAUUGUCCUGUCAGAGGACAUCUGGGUUGUUUCCAGUUCUUGGCCUUUUCAAAAUAAAGCUGCUAUGAACAUUCACGUACA